AUGCCGGGCCUCCGCCGCCUCCUGACGCUCCUGCUCGGCGCUCUCUGCCCGCUCGCCCUCAGCCUCCGCCAUGGGCCCUCCAAGAUCGCCGUGGUGGGCGGCGGGAUCGGCGGCUCGGCCGCCGCGUAUUUCCUGCGGCAGAAGUUCGGCCGCAGCGUGCAGCUGCACGUGCUGGAGAAGGCAGCGCUGGGCGGCCGGCUGGACACGCUGGACGUGGAGGGGGCCAGCUACGAGGCAGGGGGGUCCGUGAUCCACCCCCUCAACCUGCACAUGAAGCAUUUUGUCCAGGAGCUGGGCCUCUCGGUCGCCUCACCCCAGGGCAGCCUUGCAGGCAUUUACAACGGGCAGGAAUUUGUGUUUGAGGAGAGCAGCUGGUCCUUCAUCAACCUCCUCAAGCUGCUGUGGCACUAUGGGCUCAACCCCCUGCGCAUGUCCAUGUGGGUGGAGGACAUCCUGGACAAGUUCAUGAGGAUCUACCGGUACCAGAUGCACGACUACGCCUUCAGCAGCAACGAGCGCCUGCUGCACGCCCUGGGCGGCGACGACUUCGCGCGGCUGCUGAACCAGAGCAUCGACGAGGCCAUGCAGAAAGCAGGCUUCUCCCAGAAAUUCAUCAACCACGUGGUGUGUCCUGCCAUGAGGGUGAAUUACGGCCAAGGGGUCACCAUCCCUGGCUUUGUAGGUGCUGUGUCCCUGGCCGGGGUGCAGUCGGGCCUUUGGUCUGUGAAAGGGGGGAACAAACUCGUGUGCUCCGGCCUCAUCUACUCCUCCAAGGCCGAGGUUAUCCCGGGAACAGUCGUGUCCAUAGAGCCAAAAACCAGACACCAGCGUGGUGGGGACGUGGUGAAGCUCUAUGAGGUCACCUACAACACGUCCUCGGGGCUCACAGGGGACACCUACGACAUCGUGGUCAUCGCGGCGCCGCUCGGCCGCAAGAUGGCCAACAUCACCUUCCGCAACUUCGACCCUCCCAUCCCGGAAUUCCCCAAUCCCUACCACCAGACCGUCACCACCCUGGUGCACGGGCGCUUGAACACCUCCUUCUUUGGCUACCAGGACCCCCAGGCCUUUCCCUUUGGGGCCAUUUUCACCACGGACAACCCCAAACUGUUCAUCAACAGCCUGGGUGUGGUGUCCCCCGUGGGUGACGCGGGCACGGGCGAGACGCUGCCGCUGCCCUCGGCCGUCUGGAAGGUGUUUUCCAACGAGGAGCUCAGCAAGGAGCAGCUCAGUUUGCUCUUCUCCUCCUACGACUCGGUGAAGGUGAAGCCGUGGCUGGCGUAUCCCCAGUACAGCGCUCCCGAGAGGUUUCCCCCCAUCGUGCUGCACGAGCAGCUCUACUACCUGAACGGGCUGGAGCGCGCCGCCAGCGCCAUGGAGAUGAGCGCCAUCGCCGCCCGCAACGCCGCCCUGCUCGCCUUCCACCGCUGGCACGGCCACGGCGCCAGCGUCGACCAGGAGGACCUGCACGAGAGGCUCAAAACGGAGCUCUGACACGCCCCCGGGGCUUAAUUAACGCUAACGAACUCUGUGCUGCGCCCCUCCGAGGAGGUGUUCCGUAGGAUCAUGGGAUCCUUAGGAUUGGAGGGUCUUAGAUCAUAAUGACCUUCAAGAUGCCAUAAUUAACUCUAAUGAACUUUGCCCCUCCAAGGAGGCGUUUCAUAGGAUCAGGGGAUCCUUAAGACUGGAAGAUCUUCAAGACCAUCAAGGUCUUCAAAAACGGCAAGACCUUCAAGAUGCUGUAAUAAACUCUAAUGAACUCCAUACUUUGCGCCUCCAAGGAGGAGUUUCAUAGGAUCAGGGGUUCCUUAAGGUUGGAUGAGUUUCAAGAAGAUCAAGACCUUCAGGAUCAUCAAAACCUUCAAGACCUUCUAGAUCCUCAAGACCCUCAAGUCCAACCAUCAACCCAACUGCGUUCACCGUUAACGAUUUCCUCAAGUGCCGCCUCCAUGUGUUUUUUGGAAACUUUCAGGGAUUCUGACUCUGCCACAGCCUAGGCUGGACAACUCUUCCUUCCAUGACAAAAUUCCUCCCAGUGUCUCAUCUUGAUGUCCCCCAGUGCCACCUGGAGGCUGUGUGGCCAGCUCAGGAGGGAACAGGAGCAGUGAAGCGUUCCCAGGUAAGCUGGGACAACUUUUCCUGCCAAAGAAAAAUUCCUCAGGGAGAAGAUGAGCUGCUGGGAGCUGCCAAAGUGGGUGGGAAAGAGGAAAAACCACCAAUAUCCAUCACUGUGUUCAGGUAUGAAGGAGUUAAUAAAGAAUUGUUAAGUGUC